UUCUCACUACAGACUCUUUUUGUUUUCAACAUGUUGGCAACUGUGUUGAUCCCGUGUUUUGUUUUUGUUUCCUGGAGUUAUGGCGCUCUUAAUGUAGAAAAUCGAGGAGCUGCAAGAUGUUAUUGGCCUCAGUUUACUUGCGAUGAUGGUACGUGUUUACACUUUCGCAGGUGGUGCGACUCGCGAGCGGAUUGUGAAGAUAGUUCUGACGAGAAGUAUUGCGCCCUAGUCACUGAUAACGACGAUGAUCCAAACAAGUGCGGAAGCAACUUUUUCAAGUGUAGAGAUGGACCUUGUAUACCGAUGGAAGGAAAAUGUGAUGGUUUUCCUUCUUGUAGAGAUUCUUCAGACGAAACUGAUUGUCAUUCUUCUGAAGUGCCGGAGGAAACAACACAUCUUGCAAUGACGUCUAAUUCCAGUAUCUCUCAAGUACAAAAACUGAAUCGUAGUGACUUCACAGAACAGAAUGUAAGCGUCACUACACAAGCCUAUAAUACAGCUCAGCUGUCUAGUGAUAAUUACAACUUUUCGUCCGAAUUUCUUCCUUCACCUGCUGCAGUAAACCAAGAAGUACAAAAUGGGUUCAAUGCUUUUCCUCAUGAAAACCACAUAUUAUCAGAUAAUGACUAUCUUGUUUCACUCCGCAAAUCGAAACAAAAUUUAGAUUUGGAGCUCGAAUUGCCUACAUCUGGUUUUGAAGAAAUGGAUGUGAAAAUGGUUUCUGAUCAGAGAUACAAAGCUGAAGCAUGGUUGUUAUCUCGUAAUGAUGCUGACGAUGGUUGGGGAGAGGAAACGUCGCGAGUUAUUGCUGCCCUAGCUUUAUCCGAUUUACCAGCACUUCGCACUCAAACAGAAAAGGGUAUCUUGAUGAAGAAGCAACUUCAUCUUCAGCUGGCUGUAGCUCUCACCAGGAAUGCUACAACUCCAGUGACACUGAGCGAACUUGCGUUAUAUAUUAAUGCCCUACUAGCAACUUGCGGCAACCCACGCAACUUCCAUGGUACAGAUUUGAUCGAAAUCUUCAAGCAGAGAGUGGAUGCAGCUCGGAAUACUGGCCGUUUUGUGAGCCCAGUAAUUUACUUGACACUGUGUGUUAGCAAUGCUACAUCUUCUACCGACCUGAAAAACCUGGAAGAAUUCCACUUGAGCAAUAAUACUAAUCAAAACAGUAUUAGCUUUCAUGCAAUGGCAGCUUUGGCAGAAAUAUGUACUGCGAGGAUGUCCAAAUUUGAAGGUAUCGAAAUAAAGUACCAUUCACUGCGAAACCUUCUGCGUGACAUACGGAAUGAGCUACCAGGGAAUGUGUACGAACUGGCACUGCUUGCACAGGCCCUAAAUGAAGCUCAUAUUAAUAAUACUUUCUGGAAAAGAGAUCAAGCAUUGGAAAUGAUUUUGCGUAGCCAAGAUGCAAAUGGUUCUUUUGGAGAUAUACUAUCAACUUAUUACGUACUGCCUGUUCUAGCUGGUCGAUCCCUGGUUUCGCUUGGAUCUCGCUGCUCUAAUUUUAGCGUAGAAGCAGCACCGAGCUCAAAAACGAAUAGGAUCUACGUUCAAUAUUCUUUAUAUUUUGGAAAUCCGGUAGAAGUUUCCCAUACAAUCCAGUUGAAGGUGGCUAAUGGCAGCAAUUUUUUUAACAUUAUGAAACUAGCUGCAAAAGCAGACUCCAUUUACGAGUUUCGGUAUGAUGUGUCACGAGCAGUGCCCUUCGUCUAUUCAAUUGGUGGUGUUGCAAAUGAUGUUGAACGUGGCUUGUAUUGGAUGCUGUACAUAUCAGGAAGAAGGGACUUUUCAAAAGAUAUUCUAGAAUUGUAUAACGGAGAUUUUCGACGAUUGAUUCCUCAACCUGGUUAUAAUUUGAUUUUCUGGAGGAGGACAAUGGAAUAACUGUUUCUGCUAGCAUGUUAAGUUUUGAUUUUUGUUGCAAAUAAAAUUUGUAGAUUAA